AUGCACACUGCUUCUACAAACAUUUGUGAAAGACUGUUCAACAGGUCCAACCGUGAAAUUUCCUAGCUAGUAAAUAUCCCACUGUCAACUGUUAGUGGUAUUAUAACAAAGUGGAAGUAACUCGGAACAACAGCAACUCAGCCACAAUGCGGUAGGCAACGUAAAAUGACAGAGCGGGGUCAGCGCAUGCUGAAGCGCACAGUGCGCAGAAGUCCCCAACUGUCUGCAGAGUCAAUAGCUAAAGACCUCCAAACUUCAUGUGGCCUUCAGAUUAGCACAACAACAGUGCGUAGAGAGCUUCAUGGAAUGGGUUUCCAUGGUCGAACAGGUGUAUCUAAGCCUUACAUCACCAAGUGCAAUGCAAAGCAUCGGAUGUAGUGGUGUUAAGCACGCCGCCACUGAACUCUAG